AUGUCUGAAGUCGCCAACUCGACCUCGCCCGUCCAGGACGGUGCUGACGCCAAUGGCGCUCAGAUCAACACCAACGUCCCUGCCGCCAGCGGCGAUGCCCCUACCCCAACCACCGCCGCCCAGCAGGCGCACCAGAACUCGGCGUCGCUCUACGUUGGCGAGCUCGACCCCUCCGUCACUGAGGCCAUGCUGUUCGAGCUGUUCUCUUCCAUCGGCCAAGUCGCUUCGAUCCGUGUCUGCCGUGACGCCGUCACCCGUCGCUCGCUCGGCUACGCCUAUGUUAACUACAACAGCUCUGAGGACGGCGAGAAGGCUCUCGAGGAGCUCAACUACACCGUCAUUAAGGGCAAGCCAUGCCGCAUCAUGUGGUCGCAGCGCGACCCCGCUCUGCGCAAGACUGGCCAGGGCAACGUCUUCAUCAAGAACCUGGACCACGCCAUUGACAACAAGGCUCUCCACGACACCUUUGCUGCUUUCGGUAACAUCCUGAGCUGCAAGGUCGCUCAGGACGAGCUCGGCAACUCCAAGGGCUACGGGUUCGUGCACUACGAGACCGCCGAGGCCGCCAACAACGCUAUCAAGCACGUCAACGGCAUGUUGCUGAACGAGAAGAAGGUCUUCGUCGGCCACCACAUCCCCAAGAAGGAGCGUAUGAGCAAGUUCGAGGAGAUGAAGGCCAACUUCACCAACAUCUACGUCAAGAACAUCGACCUUGAUGUGACUGAUGAGGACUUCCGUGAGCUCUUCGAGAAGCACGGUGAUAUCACCUCUGCUUCCAUCGCCCGCGACGACCAGGGCAAGAGUCGUGGAUUUGGAUUCGUUAACUACAUCCGCCACGAGGCCGCCGCCGUUGCCGUCGACCACCUCAACGACAUCGAGUUCAAGGGCCAGAAGCUCUACGUUGGCCGCGCCCAGAAGAAGCAUGAGCGUGAGGAGGAGCUUCGCAAGCAGUACGAGGCCGCCCGUCUCGAGAAGCAGUCCAAGUACCAGGGCGUCAACCUGUACAUCAAGAACCUCAACGACGACGUUGACGACGAGAAGCUCCGUGACAUGUUCACUCCCUUCGGUACCAUCACCUCAGCCAAGGUCAUUCUGCGCGACGAGGAGAAGAAGGACGAGGAGGAGAAGGAGGUCAAGGAAGAGAAGAAGGAGGACGAGAAGAAGGAGGACGAGGAGGCCAAGGAGGGCUCUUCCAGCGAGCAGAACGGUGAGGACACCAAGGCAGGCGACAAGGUCACCAUCAAGGGCGAGAAGAAGAUCCUUGGUAAGAGCAAGGGUUUCGGAUUCGUCUGCUUCAGCAACCCCGAUGAGGCCACCAAGGCCGUCACCGAGAUGAACCAGAAGAUGAUUGAGGGCAAGCCUCUCUACGUCGCCCUGGCUCAGCGCAAGGAUGUCCGCAAGAACCAGCUCGAGGCCACCAUCCAGGCCCGCAACCAGCUCCGCAUGCAGCAACAGCAGCAGCAGCAGUUCGGUGGCAUCCCUCAGAUGUUCAUCGCCCCCGGCCAGCAGCCCAUGAUGUACCCUCCUGGUGCUCGUGGCCAGAUGCCCUUCCCCGCCGGUAUGCCCGGUGCUCAGGGUGGCCGUGGCGCUGGAUUCCCUGGCGGUAUGCCCGGCCAGCAGGGUGGUCGUGGUGGACCCAACGCUCAGCAGAUGCCCCCCAUGUACAUGCCUCCCGGCAUGGCUCCAGGUGCCUUCCCUCCUGGUCCUUACAUGAACCAGCAGUACAUGCAGCUCGCUCAGGCCGCACAGCAGGCCAUGGGUGGACGUGGUGGACGUGGUGGUCCCAUGCCUGGUAUGCCUGGCAUGCCUCAAGCUCAGAUAGCUGGUGGCCCAGGUAUUCGCGGUGGUCAGGGCGGCUUCCCUCAAGGCGGUCGUGGUGCUCCUGGAGGUCGCGGUCAGCCCCCUAUGCCCGGCUUUCCUCAGGGCGGCCGUCCCGGCGGUCCCGGUGUCGACAUGAGCGUUCUCAGCGCUGCCGCCCCCGGUCAGCAGAAGCAGAUGCUCGGUGAGGCACUCUACCCCAAGAUCCACGAGAUGCAGCCCGAGCUCGCCGGUAAGAUCACCGGUAUGCUCCUCGAGAUGGACAACAGCGAGUUGAUCAACCUCACCGCCGACGAGUCUGCUCUUCGCGCCAAGGUCGACGAGGCCAUGAGCGUCUACGACGAGUAUGUCAAGAACAAGGAGGGCGAUGGUGAGAAGGAAGCUCCGAAGGAGGAGUCCAAAGAAGAGAAGGCUUAA